ACACGGAAGUGACGACGCACUAGAAUCCCCCCAUACUUCCGAUCUGCUGCGAUUGCGACUCAUCUACGCGAACUGAUCUGAUCUCUGUCCGAAGAUCUCUCUUCAGCUAGCGUCGACAAGCGACCCGACGCGGUCCGGUAGUAUUUCUUCCCCCCUCCAAGCUUAUCCUUGUUGUAUUCCUGAUGAGUGACGGGGAGUGUGAUUUCUUCUGCUUCUUUCGUUGCUGCUAAAAACCACAAGGCCCCCUGGGAUUUGUGGUCCAGUCUGGGGCAGAGGGCAGCAGCUCAGAAGCUGCUGUUUGGUGGAGAGCGGCUGUCAGUCAGGCCCAGAGGGCUAUGUCUGUGGACAUGAGUAGCCAAGCCUCAGAUAGUAAUGAUGAGUUCGUUGAUGAUGACGACGAAGAUGCCGCGGAGGGAGACAUCAAAUAUUAUUACGAUAACCUUGAUGAAGACGUGGUCAUAGAAGAACCGUUUGACCCAGAAGAAUAUCAGUUCAACUGUUUGACAUACAGAGAAAGCCAGAGGGUACUAACUGAAGAAGUCAACAAUGUAGCUAGCACCCUGAAGGUGUCACCAGCUGUAGCCAAACUGGUCCUUGUACAUUUUCACUGGCAGUUGUCACAAAUACUCGAAAGGUAUAAGUCAAAUUCUUCUCAGUUGCUAUGUGAGGCUCUCGUCCAGAGCACAAGCACCUGCAGAUCUCUCACUGCUGGGAUGUCGCUGCAGUGUGGGGUGUGUCUGCAGCUGGUCCGUCGAGAUGCUCUCCUCUCUCUACCUUGUCAGCACUCCUUCUGCAAUGCAUGCUGGGAGCAGCACUGCACUGUACUUGUCAAAGAUGGCGUUGGAGUGGAGAUUUCCUGUAUGGCGCAGGACUGCUCCCUUCGAAUGCCAGAUGAUUUCGUUCUUCCUCUUCUGCCCAGCGAGGAACUGAAGGACAAAUACAGACGCUACCUCUUCAGGGACUACGUGGAGAGUCACUUCCAGCUGCAGUUGUGUCCUGGUGCUGACUGUCCAAUAGUUAUACAGGUGCAGAAACCUCGAGCUCGUAGAGUUCAGUGCAGCCGCUGCGGUGAAGUUUUCUGUUUUAAGUGCAGACAGAUGUAUCACGCCCCUACGGACUGCGCUACCAUCCGCAAAUGGCUGACGAAAUGUGCAGAUGACUCGGAGACAGCCAACUACAUCAGUGCACACACUAAAGACUGUCCUAAAUGCAAUAUCUGCAUUGAAAAGAACGGAGGAUGCAACCACAUGCAAUGCUCCAAGUGUAAACAUGAUUUCUGCUGGAUGUGUCUGGGUGAUUGGAAGACUCAUGGCAGCGAGUAUUACGAGUGCAGUCGCUACAAAGAGAAUCCAGACAUCGUGAAUCAGAGCCAGCAAGCGCAAGCCAGAGAGGCCCUCAAAAAAUACCUGUUCUACUUUGAGAGGUGGGAAAACCACAAUAAGAGCAUGCAGCUGGAGGCACAGACGUAUCAGCGGAUCCAGGAGAAGAUUCAGGAAAGAGUCAUGAACAAUCUGGGCACCUGGAUUGACUGGCAGUACCUGCUAAAUGCUGCCAAGCUACUGGCAAAGUGUCGUUACACACUGCAGUACACUUAUCCUUAUGCCUACUACAUGGAGUCUGGACCCCGCAAAAAACUGUUCGAGUAUCAGCAAGCCCAGCUGGAGGCAGAGAUCGAGAACCUUUCAUGGAAGGUGGAGAGAGCAGAUAGUUAUGAGAGAGGAGAGCCGAGCGCCAACGAUAGAGGGGAUCUGGAAAAUCAGAUGCACAUUGCUGAGCAGAAGAGACGAACGCUGCUGAAGGAUUUUCACGACACCUGAACAUCCGUCCAUUCAUUAAAUCUGAAUCGAGUUGUCUCUUCUCUCAACCGUCUUGCCCCCUCCAAAGAUAUCCCCCAUCCUUUGUCAAAACUCUACACUGCAUCUCAAAACGUUUUGUGCAUCUCUUUCUUUCUGUUAAUCUCGUUCACAGCAUCACUUUUAAAGCUGUAUUUUCCCCUUUUGUUUAUUCUUCAUCAAUGCCCCUAUAUUUUUAGGCUUUCUAAACUUAACUCGGCUGCAGGGUUUGAGAAUAGCAUGAUUGUUUCCCAGCGUAGACAUGCAUACACACAUCGCAUUUUCACGCCUCUGUGUUGGCUUACAUCACACACAUAUGCGCGUACAGACACUCCAAACACUGUUUAACUCUUCACCUCCAUCAUUGCUCAUUUGGCUUUCUUUCUCGCUUAUCAUGAUUUUUUUUCCUGGAAAAGGCCGUUGAUGGUUAUAUCAUUUAAAAAAACUGAAAAAUUAAAAAAGAUGAAAAAUAAAUGAUGCUGUAAUUUUCAACGGUUGUACAUUAAUACAGAAAUAGAGUUACUGAGAGAAAGUUUUUAAACUAGA